UCAUCUAAUUUCACUCCAAUUUUACUUAUACGAAUCGCUAUUUACCUUCAGAUAAAAAAUUAUUGAGAAAAUGCAGAGUUACUCUGAUUUUCCGUACACCGGAAACGAUAACUGUAAAUUGUGGUCUUCUUUCACAAAUGACGGUGGCUCAUUUAAUGAUCUUCAUGAUUCUGAUGACAAGAAACUAUAUUCGUCUAUCUUCCCUACCAUUACACCUCCACAUCACUUCACAAACAGCACAAGUGUACCACCGAUUGUAGUUGAUUACAGCCGUAGGCAUUCACUCGAUUUUGCGCCUUUUCAAGACCUAAUUGACAGGCGUAACUGGUGCCUUACUAACCUUAAGCUCACUACUAAAGAAGCUGAAGCACUCCGCCAAGAGAAUGUUAAUCUGCAGAUAGCGAAUUGUGAGUUAAGCAAGCAGUUAUCUCAGUUACAACAACAAGCAGUUUCCAUUUCAGCUUCUGCUUCAGGUUAUGGUAAUACAAGUAUGCUUUCAAAGAAUUCGAUUUGUGACCGUUUUGGAAGGAUGAGGAUUGGAGAGAAAGGAAAGAAAGUGAGUGAUAAACGAGGGGUGGCCCGUGGAGCUGAGAAUGUGGAUCCGGUUAAGAAGACAGAUGUGGAGCGAGUCAAGUUGCCUAAGAGUAUUUCUGUGAGGUCUAAUGUCUACUUGAAGACUGGUCAAUCCGGUGAUGGUGUUGCCCCGCGGGUACGUGCUUUGGAUCGGGCUAAAACUGCUGCAGAUAUGCAAAAGGUCUACAUAUGUGGAAAGAAAGAGGAGGAACCACUGGAACUACAGGUUUUCAACCAAGGCAUGACAAAGACAGAGCUGUGCAACAAAUGGCAGCAAACUGGUGCCUGCCCAUAUGGAGAUCACUGUCAGUUUGCCCAUGGCAUUGAGGAGCUACGUCCAGUCAUACGCCAUCCCCGCUACAAAACAGAAGUCUGUAGAAUGGUUCUUGCAGGUGACCCGUGUCCUUAUGGCCACCGCUGUCAUUUCCGGCAUGCUCUCACCCAGGAGGAGAAACUGAUGAACCGCCGUUGACCACGGGUACAUCUCUUGCUGAGAAUUCAUGAUUGCCACUGGAACUUCUUUUUACCAUAUCAAAUUAGAGAUGUUUAUAUCCUUAAAUAAAAUCCUUGAUCUGGUAACAGAAAGACUAAGGACAAAAAGAACAUUAAAAGCAAGUAAAUAGAGAUGAGAUGUAUGUAUCUUCGUUAUAAUCACUACAUAUAUGCUCUUUAAACCAUGAUGAUUUGAGCUGAUGGAAAGGAAUUCUUAGAAUCUGAAUGUAAGUUUUGUAAUGCUAAAACGGGUAAUUAGAUGUUUCU